CCUGCAGCGCCUUCGGUCUUCAACUAUCUAAUUCCAAUCCUCACAACCGUCUACUCCAAUCUUUUCCCAAAGACAAAAACCUCCCCAACCCCCUCAGCAACCAUGCAGUUCACCACUUUCCUCGCCGUCAUGGCUCCCAUCAUCGCCACCGUCCAGGCCGGCUGCUACAGCGGCGGAGACUCCUGGGGCGGAGACCAGGGAGUCGCCAACUCUGUCGUCGACCAGAUCUGCAACGGCGGGGGCGUCAGCGGAUCUUUCCAGGGCGGCCAGACCAAGUACGCCUGCCGCCAGCUCUCGGGCUCCAAGAAGGGCGAGUUCUGGGUUCGAUGGACCGGCGCCGGGACCUUGUCCCUCAACGACGGCGACUGCAGGCUCCGCCUAAAGAACGAGAUCAAUGGCUGCUCCAACGGUGGAGAGAGCACUGUCGCCGGAUGGUUCUUCAGGUCCGACCCCAACGGUGGCGCCUGCUAAGCAAGCAACUGAGCUAUCAGGAAUCCUAAGACUAGGAUGAAGCUCCCGUGAGGAGAUGGGUGGGUGGUUGGAUAGGUGGACGGGUGGAUGGAUGGAUGAAUG